GAUGGGACACAUCGCGUUCCCGUGAGCGGCACGCUCGCGCCUCCCGCUCUGCGAACACGGGACGCUCGCACCUGGGGCCACCUGGACGACUAUGCUCCCGCUGGAAGUGGCACGAGCGGGGUGUCGAUGGGGCUGGGGCGUUCGCUGUGCAAUGACGCGGCUCUUUGCGGCAGGGCGACUCGACUCGUCUGUCAAACGUCUGCCGGACGGGACGGAUGGCGUUCUGGGGAGCAGAGUGUCGCGGGUGCUAUGGGACUUUAGCUUGAACAAUAGCGCUAGGAAUGGAGCGGCGGAAGGCGAUGUACAGGAUAUAUGCCGUAAUGGGCACACCCUAACCCUAGGGCAAGCAGCGGGCGCGAAGGGAGGAACAUACCCUGGCGGGUUCAAUUGGAAAGGGACAGCGGGACAUGACCUGAGGGAGACGCGCAGAGACUUGUGGCAUGUAGCACUGUGGCAUUGUACUUGGCGAGCGAAUACACGUCGACUCGAUGGCGUGUCUAUACGAAGCAUACAGCGCGAUGAAUGGUACGAC